AUGGCAAUUACAUAAAAACAGCAUUUGUUAAGAACUUGUUAAUAUUAUUAAAUUAAAAUGGCUAAUUUAAUGCCGGUAGCACUACAACAGGUGCGCGCAUUGUCGUCAGCAACGGCUUCAGUAACUCGCCUGCACAGAUCUGUUUAUUGUCGUACUUAUCCAACAGUUGUAGUGCACCCGGAUGGCUCGACUAUCAACAUAAGGUAUCACGAGCCCAGAAAAGUUAUUAAGCUGCCACUGGAUUUAAGCACAUUGUCUGAAGCAGAGCGCAAGGCACGCUUGGAGGCUCGCAAACCAAGGAAGAAGGUUAAGAUUCUAGAAGAAGUGGACGAUAACUUUAAUGCGAAAAAGUAUAUGAAGUACAUUAAGAAGUCUAAGUAAGGCAGAGCCUGUUACCGCAAUAAACAAAACACUUUUGUUAUAUAAAUAUGUAAAUCUGACAGUAUAUUUGAUUUGUUAAUGAUAAAGUCCAGAUUAUACCAGGAUAACGAAUUAUUUAAACUUACUUGCUAAUGUAGAGCUUUGAGUGUUCUAAUUAGUAAUUGACUAUUGGACUUAUUAAAG